CGCAUUACAGAUAACACACAAGCUGUGUAAAUCGAGUAGGCCCUUAUUUGUAAACAUGGAGUUGGUCCGCAUGUUAGAGAGCUAUCGAGGGAGGGAUAAAAUCAUCCGUCUUUGUACCUACGCCGCCAUGUGCGUCGGUGGCAGUGGGCAAGGGAAUUUCCACAAGAAAUUACUGACCAUUUCCGCGGAAUUAGGAGGUGCCAGAACCACCAUGCGGUUGUUUGACGAUCUUUCAAUGUUGUUUUCUACCUUGAGGUACGGGACAGGUGCACAGGAAAAGAACCCGGUUGUCCGCCUGAUGAGUCUGAUCACUAACAUCACCUACCAGAUCUUCUUUCCUGUAGAACACAUUUAUUGGCUAGCUGAUAAAAAAGUACUCACAUCCUUUACGCCAUGGAAAUGGGUGGUUGGCAGUCUUGUGGCCUGGGCAGUAGCUCUUUUUGCAGACAUCAUCAAAAUGGUAGCAAAAAUAGUAUCUUUAAAGAAAGAACUCAAAGAACUUAAGAAACAAAAGCUGUUACAGUCAUCAGAGGAAAGUGAAGACCAGGUAAGAUCAGAAAGAAAGACAACUGUAGUGAGUGAGAUUCAGGAGAGUUAUCUAACCCUGAUCCAAGACAUGGCCGACUUCACCAAUGCUAUCAGCUGGCUUCCACCAGGCCUGGUCCUGUGGUCUGGAAAGUUAUCGCGGUUCCAGAAUGGAAUGUUUGGAAUGAUAUCUUCUAUAAUUCUGCUGUACAAAGCUUGGCCUAGUAAGCAGAAAAGUUCAUAGUUAUUUGUAGAUUUAAUUGUUGAAUAAUUGUUAUAUGUUUGCCUGGUGCUGAAAUCCAUUCAUAAGUUUUGUUUAUAA